GCAUGAGGAAAAGGCACCCGACUAUUCACACAUGACAGUCGAGCUUGACAGAAUGCCAGUGUCACUGUCAGUGAGCAGAAAACUUUAGUGAAUUGAAAGUACAUUUUGACAGAGUUCUGCUCACAAUUCUAGCUACGUUUUUCGAGCAUGGAUGGUGCAAUGUCUCUGCAAAAUGCUGAUAAUGUCAUCUUGCCAGCAGAAAUAAGUUUUCAGUACACAUCAACACAUGUAGCUGGACCCGGUCUGAACAGACACCCAAAUGAAAUCAUGUACGAGGGUUGCGAUUGCGGCAUGGCAUCCUGCAACCCACAAUGCCCGUGCAUCCUUCGAUAUGGCGCCAACUAUGACAACGCUGGACACUUCCUCAAGGGUCCCAGUAUCGCAGACUCGCAGCCGGUGUUCGAGUGCAACGCGAGCUGUAAAUGUGGCCCGGAAUGCGUCAACAGGGUGGUACAAAAUGGCCCGCAAUUCCCCCUCGAGGUCUUCGCAACGAGAAGGAAAGGGUACGGGUUGAGGUCAUCGGUACCUGUUCCCAAGGACAGAUUUGUGUGCGAGUACGCGGGAGAGGUUUUGACGCUUGAAGAGGUGAAGAAAAGAACGCGCGAAAUGAAACUGCAUGAUUUGAACUACAUUAUGGUAGUCAGGGAGUCGUUAGCCAAUGGCAAUGUGAUUACAACUCCGAUUGACCUGACGCACAUUGGCAACGUCGGUCGGUUUAUCAACCAUUCGUGCCAACCCAAUCUCUAUCUUAUCACUGUCCGAGUCGACAAUGAUAUACCCAGAGUGGCCAUGUUUGCAGGGAGGAAUAUCGAUGCCGGGGAGGAAUUGGCAUACAGCUAUUGGGGAGACCACACGCCUCAGCAAGCCGCUGCAAGUGAUGAUAAAGGUCGAAGGUCAAAGUGCUUCUGCGAGAGCAAAACUUGUCAAGGAUUGCUACCGUGCAGUGAAGAUUUGUAUGAACCUGGGACAUAACGCCAAAUCUACGCCAAACAUAUUCCUGCAAAUUUGGAAUGAUUGGUAUUAAAACUCCACUUUUUUUACACAGUGUUGACAACUGGGAACAAUAUGUUUCACAAAAAAAAAAUCACAUUUCUUUUAUUUUUAUUACAAUCGCAUUUGCUCUGCAAUCUUCUACAUUCUCUGUAUUAAUAACAACGGACUUGCAAAAUAGAAUUUAUCAACACUGAAAAAUUACAAAAAAAAGUUUACAGACUGUGCAUGUUUAAAUUGUGCAUUUAAGGUAUAUUCUGUGGGCAUUUGCACAGGAGAAUUAAUAACUAAUAGGCCGCUCUGCGCCUUGACGAUUUGUCGGACAUGCUUGGACAAAGGUCCGAAUGCUUGACAUGUAGUCACUGAAGACUUGCACAUGAACUUGUCCACAUGCGCAGGGCUUAAUUGAUCGGUGUAUCAAAAUUCAUUUCAAUAUGUCCAAUACUACGGUGAUAACAGUUUUUAACCAAUGGUUUGCAGAUAGUGUACUUUUGUCAUGGACAUCAAACUUUCUACUAAUAGUAAAACAACAAAGUUGAGCCUAUUUUAAAUUUGCAUAACAAAAGAUUUUGUUCCCAAGCUAAGUAGGUGCAUAUAUUAUCAGCUUAGUAUCUCAAAAUCAAAUUUAAUAUAAUUUAUGUAUAAAUCAAAUAUAUUUACACUUUGUGAACUUGUUUAAAAACUAUGCUGAAUGUAAUACUUUGAUGGGGAUUUUCUUUUUUGACUGGUUUAUUUUACUCUCUGCUUUUUUUGGUCAGCGUUUUA